GUCAAGUGUUAUAAAUAAUAACAAUAAAAAAAACAUUAUUUAAAUUUCAUGAUUUAAAUUUAUCUAAAAUACAAAAUUUUAAACAUGUCAUUCAUAGAUGACGAAAAAUGUAAUAUUCUUUCCCAAGAUCUCCUGGUAUACAUUACAUAUCUCGAGGAAGCUUUUAAUAACAUCGAGGAAUCGGAGGAAAAAAUAAUUAUACAGGAAUGGUUAUUUAUGAUCCUCGAACAUCUCCAUGACGACGUGGACGAGGCUCGUAUCCGGAAUAUGGCGCUAAGUCAAAUGCUGAUGGACAUCGAGUGCAAUAAACUGCGGAUUCCAUUCAACGAGAGGCCGUCCUGCCGAGCCUACGCUGAGCUCGUCGAACGGUUGAAGGCCGCGUUGAAUCAAAACGCGACCUUAGAAGAAGAAGACGAUAAUGAACCUGAAGACAUCCAGGAACCAAAUAACCGGGAAAUGGACGUCGCCGAAUUUGACAAUUUAAUGUCUGCUGAUAAUCGAACGUAUGUGGCUAUCCGCACUUUACCGAACGGCGGCGGCUUGUUUGGUUACAUAGCUAUUACAAUGGGCGAUGGUAAGGAUACACAAUGGCUAGAUACCAAUGGCAAGCCGAUACCUACACCGGUGCCGUAUAAUUUGCGCGUGGAACAAAUAAAAUCGGACGCCCAGCAAGAGUCAUCGGUGUUUGAGGAAGAGAUGACGGACGCUAAACAGGUGUGGAGUGUUUUGAGAAGCAGGAAAUCGAUAUGUCUGAGAAACGAAUUUUACGAUUUCUACAAAACGCUGUACGAAGACGUCCAACAAGAAAUGAUAGCUGAAGCGGAUACGUGUGUAAUCAGAAAAUGUGCCCAUCCGUUCAUCACUAAGUUACUCGAAUACCUUGUGGUCGACUUGAAAGCUAUUGGUGUGAGUGAUCUCCAAAUAUUUAACAAAAUCAACUUGCUUUCCAUAUUGAAAAAACAAAUAAAAUCUGUAAUAUGCCAAAUAGAGAAACGGACUGACAAUCUGGAAACCGCGAUGAAAGUCUCAACGAUUUCACCGAUGGAAUUAUUACCAUCAAAAUGUUGUUAUAGUUUUAUAUCUUCCACACUUUGGACUGAAUUACAUCAACGACGACCUGGGACUAAGUAUAUAAAUAUACUGUCAUAUCAAUAUCCUCAAUAUUUCUUACCAAAAUAUUUUUCAGUGUUAAUACAACAAAAGAAAAUGGUAUUGAACACUAUUUCUAAGAAAUAUUGUAAGAUAUUAGACGAAAUGUUUGAGGAUUUAGGAGCUUCUAUUAUGUCGAACAUGAUGAAGUACAAAGACGCACAUUGGGAAUGGCAUUUGGCCCAAGAAAUUGUCGAUGCUUACAACAAAGAAAAGGCUUUUAAAGAUAGUUUGUGUUCGGUUGAAAGUUCUGUCGAUGAUUCGACAGAAUCAUUUUUGGCAGUUCUUUUAAACGAAAUUGACAUGUCCCAGCAAAAAUUAAAAGCAACAGAGAAAAAGAAUAAUCAAUUGAAAGAACAAUUAACCAAAAUGACAAAUGAAAUAUUGGAAAAGGAACGAGUGUAUACACGAGUGAUAUAUGAGUUUGAAGAACAAAUAGAUAAACUACAAAAACAAAUCAAUGUCGAAAAACGCGAUAUAGUGAUUAGAAAAAACACUAUUGUAGAGCUUCAAAGAAAACGUGAAGAAAUAUUAAAAAAAGCAGGCUAAAAUCCAUCUCAAAUGUAUAUCCCAUAACUAAUAUUUGAAAUAGUCAUACAGACUACAUUUUAAAUUGAUUUUAGCGUAUUUAUUUUGUUCUUAGUGUUUUCUUCGACGUUCUGUAAAGAGUAGGUAAGCAAUAGUAUUUUUCUACUCAUUAUAUGAACUUUUUAGUUUAUUUAUAUUUUGUUCUUCGAAUUAGGUUAACACUUCUGAAGGACUCAAAUGUAAUAUUUGAAACAGAUUUUAAAUUGUCCACUAUCACCAUAAUACGAGUACCUACAUGUAUAAAAUAUAUAAAAUAUAACAAGAUCUAUUUAUAUAUAUUAUAAUUAUAUCAAA